UUCAAAAAUUUCAAUAAUUUAGUUGAUUGUUGUACUCGGGCUAAAAAAGUGAAACAGUGAAGAAUGCUUUGCAACACGAAUGAUAAGAAAUCUUCCAAGUUUAUGCAGGUUUAAUAACAGCUUCGUUUUUUCUUCACAGCAUUAUGCUAGAGCCUUCUGAUAGCGAAUCUGAAUUAGAUAUAGCUAAAGAUGCAGGGAGAAACGAGGAAGACAGAAAUCCUGAAAACAACAACACUUUCAAAAAUCAAAGAUUUUUUCAUGAUACACCAAUACCUGAUAUAUCAACACAAACUGAACCAAUACUUGCUGAAACAAACGAACAUUUACAUCAUUUGCAAAUUUAUGUCUUCGUCAGUCGAUGCAUAGCUUUUUCUGAUCACCUAUUAGAAGAAGUACCAUCCACAAACAAGACAAACAACAUGAAAAUAACCAAGGAUCAUAUUGAAAAAAUACAGGAACAUUUGACUACGUACUUAGCCAAUGAAGAAGAUUUAAUACUAGGUAUGGUUUUUAGGAAUGCUAUUAAACAAUUCCACGAUGAUUUUAUCGCAUGUCAUCUUUUCAAAAGACAUUUUACAUUAGGAUCGUUUUCCUACAACGAUAUCCGUAAUGUAUUUCAUUCGAUUUUGUUGAAACAUUUAAAGAAAGGUGGAGAAGAAGUUAAUUCUCGAGAAGGUUUAAUGAUGUUUGAUAUGAUAUGCGAGAAGCAAAGGUUAAUUUCUCACAUUGAGCAGGAUAGACCUACAAAAGAGGCUUUAUAUGAAAUGUUUCAAGCUGUUUUGUCGGUGAAGAAACACGAACAUCAAAUAUUAUAUAAUGCAUGUCAGUUAGAUAACCAGGACGAGCAACUUGCUUGCGUAAAGAGAGAGCUGAAAGGAAGAAGUCUGGAACUUAAUACAGAGCCAUCAAAGGAAAAAAAGAAAGAUCAUUUUCAAAUUGAAGUUCUUGAUAAAAUGGCGUCGAAAGUACAAAAUUACGUCGAACGAUUGCGAAAUAAACCGCUGAAAGGAGGAACGGAAGGAACUGGUGUAGAUGAAAAGCACGUGUUUUCUCUGAAAGAUUUAUGUGAACAAUUACAUACCCUAAAGGUUACUGUGUUAGAAGUAAAUGGCGUAAGAAAAUUAAACAAAAGUUUCAUCUUUGUUGUCAUGGCGUUAGACCAUGAUGAGAACAUGCUGCAAACAGAAUAUGUGGAGGCAAGCACCCCAGAAUGGGAUACUCAAGGUGAAUGGACAACAGCAUGUCCGUAUGUUACACUGAAAUUACAACUGCUGACAAAGAAAAAGACAUUCUUUAAUCUCACCGAUGAAAAACUGUUAGCUAAGACGGAAUCAAUGUAA